AUGGCUCUACAGGUGAACUCCAUGGACGAGCCACGACUGUACCAGCAGACGCUUCUCCAAGACGGCCUGUACGACCUGCUGGAGAAUGACAAACUGGUGGACUGCGUUCUGAAAAUCAAGGACAAGGAGUUCCCGUGCCACCGUUUGGUCUUGUGCGCCUGCAGCUCCUAUUUCCGUGCUCUCUUUCUGUCCGACCUGGACGAGAGCAAAAAACGGGAGGUGGUCUUGGAGGACGUGGAGCCGGGGGUCAUGGGGCUCAUCCUCAAGUACCUGUACACCUCCAGGAUCAACGUGACGGAGCAGAACGUCCAGGACAUCUUCGCCGUGGCUAACAUCUACCAGAUCCCGUCCAUUUUCACAGUCUGCGUGUCCUUCCUCCAGAAGCGUCUGAGCCUCAGCAACUGCCUCGCGGUCUUCAGACUAGGCUUGAUGCUGGACUGCCCCAGGUUGGCCAUCUCGGCGCGGAACUUCGCCUGCGAGCGCUUCAGGCUCAUCUCCAGGGACGAGGACUUCCUCCAGCUGCAGCCCAACGAGCUGGCGGCCAUCCUGGCCAACGACAACCUGGACGUGGACUCCGAGGAGGUCGUGUUCGAGGCAUUGAUGAGCUGGGUGGCGCGAGACUCGGGGGAACGGGAGAAGGAGCUACCCGGUUUGCUGGACUGCGUUCGCUUGCGUCUGGUUGGCGAGGAGUACCUGAAGGAGAAGGUGGAGAAGAACAAACUCAUCGCAAAUAAUCCAGAGUUGCAAAAGAAGCUCCAGUUGGUCAGGGACGCUCAGGCGGGAAAAAUGCCUGAAGUAAAACCCAUCCUCAAGAAGAAGAAAGAAGGAGGGCAGAAUGAGGAGGAUGAGGAACAAGAGGAGAAUCUUCUUCCGAGUAUCCUGAACGACAACAUGCGUUUCGGGAUGUUUGUCCGCGAGCUGAUCCUGAUGGUCAGCGACACGGGAGCAGUGGCCUAUGACCCAAGGGGGAACGACUGCUACAUGGCGUCCGUCUCCACGCAGGUUCCCAAGAACCACGUCAGCCUGGUCACCAAGGAGAACCAGGUCUUCGUGGCCGGGGGUUUGUUCAUCGACGAACAGAAUAAGGAGGAUCCGCUUUGCUCGUACUUCCUACAGUACGACCCGGUCAACGCCGACUGGCUUGGGAUGCCCCCGCUCCCGUCCCCCCGCUUCCUGUUUGGGCUCGGGGAGGCCGAGAACUCCAUCUUCGUCAUGGGAGGGAAGGAAGUGAAGGAUCAGGAGCGCACGCUGGACUCGGUUACGGUCUACGACAGACAAUCUUUCAAAUGGGGCGAGUCGGACCCACUCCCGUACGCGGUCUACGGACAUGCAACGGUUUCCUCCAACGAUAUGGUUUAUGUGAUUGGAGGAAAAGGAGAAGACAAGAACUGCUUGAGUAAGAUGUACGCGUACGACGCCCGGAGGUUCGAAUGGAAGCAGCUGGCUCCCAUGAAGACCGCACGCUCGUUGUUCGGCGCAAGCGUUCACCAGAACAAAAUCUACGUGGCGGCCGGAGUCACAGACACGGGUCUGACGGAUUCCGUCGAGGUCUACGACAUCGCCAGCGACCGGUGGUCCGACCUGGAGCCGUUCCCCCAAGAACGCAGUUCCCUCAACUUGGUGUCUCUGGGGGGCUCGCUCUUUGCUGUGGGGGGGUUUGCCAUGAUGCCUCUGGAGGACAGCGAGGAGAUCAUUCCCAAAGAGAUGAAUGACAUCUGGAGGUAUAACGAGACUGAGAACAAGUGGAUCGGGAUCCUCAGAGAGAUCCAGUACGCCUCGGGUGCCACUAUUCUGGGGGUCCGACUAAAUACGCUGCGACUCACCAAGAUGUAA